AUGUCGAUUCCGCUGAAUGAUAUCUCGUGUUUGUUAUAUCUAUCGAUCAGAGGGAGAUUUCUCCAUUAUGGUAGGAUGACUAAAGACGAGGCAGUCGAUAUGAUGGUGGAGCAUCUGGGGGCUGAUCCAGUGAAGGUGCUAAGGGAGGUGGAUAUGACUAAGGGUGCUCAUGUUAGGUUUUCGUUCUUGAAGGAGAGAUUUGAUGAGGCGCUCGUUGUUGCAGCGCAAGUUAAUGGUGAUGCCCAGGAGGUGGAGAUCCACAUGAGUCAUGCUUUGAGGUGUUAUUUUCUAUUUUUAGUUAGCACUAUGCUUUUUAUGGACACGGGUGCAACCUACACUGACAUUACAUACCUCGAUACUUCUUGGAUCUCACACAAAUCCAUGAGUACAACUGGGGGACGUCUUGCUUGGCCUAUCUGUAUUCGAAGUUGA